CUGUCGCCCCCGCUCGAGUCAGACCCUUUUUUUUGUCUCUGUGUACGUAAUUCAAAACUUAAACGUGUUUAUUAUUUACAACAAAUGCAGGAAAGGAUUCGCGAGCUUGGCGGUAACAAUGGAAGCCCAGCAGUACAGGCGAAGCCGACGGGUCCCGAAGCUAAGCGAACUCGAGCUUCUGAGAGGAAUGAGAGUUUGAUUGAGGUUAUCAGAGGAGAUGGGAAACAUAUCCCUGAAGCUGCCAGGAUUUGGGUUGAGUGGUACGAGGAGGAACCUAAAGCUUCAAUGUUGGAACUCUUGUCAACACUGUUUCAGGCAGGUGGAGCUAGGUGUAACCCCAAGGAAGAGUUUGUUGAUGAGGCUAAUGUUGGUGAUGUUGACGUUGCUCUGGUUGACCUUGGAGAAGUUGAAGGUUACCAAACUCCAAAAGGCAAGGUGUUUAAGAAGUUCAAGGAGAAUCUUGUUUCAUUCUGGGAUAAUUUGGUUGUUGAGUGCCAGCACGGGCCGCUUUUUGAUGCUGUUUUGUUUGACAAAUGCAUGGAUUACAUCAUAGCACUUUCAUGCACUCCUCCAAGAGCUUACUGUCAAGCCGCUCUGCUGAUGGAUCUCCAACUAGUCACGUCCUUAAUUUCUGAUGCAAAAACACUCGCUGAACAGCGAUACACAACUCAAAGACAGUUAAAUGCUAAAAAAUCCAAAAAAAACCAAGGGGAACAACUAAAUGACAGGUUAUUGAGAACUCAGGAAAGGAUUAAUCUGACAGUGCAGAUGGUCGAAAAUAUAUUCACAGGAGAGUUGUUUAAGCAUCGGUACCAAGACAUUGAUCCCAACAUUCGGAUGGUGUGCAUACAGUCACUUGGCAUUUGGAUUUGUUUGUACCCUGCAUUGUUCUUGCGCGAUGAAUACUUGCAGACAUAUUUGUGCAAUGCUUUUCCGUUGAAAACAGGUUCUGUGUCAUCUUUGCUACAUUGGCUUCUACCUGACGACAACUUGCAUCCCUUGUAUGAUGAUCUGCUUGUUGAUUAUAAGCCAGAAUUCAGGCAUGCUAUCGGGGAACUACUAUAUGAUCACUUGAUUGCUCAGAAAUUUAAUAGCUUCCAAUCUGGCCCGAAAGGAAAUGAUGGUCAGAUCCAUCUUGGCAGAAUGCGACAGAUACUAAGAAAACAUUCAACAAAUUCAAUUUUAAGUCUCUAUGUCCUAGAUGCUGUUUGGGAUUACAUGAAGGCCAUGAAGGACUGGAAGUGCAUCGGUCUGCUCUUGGAUGUGAAUCCAUUAGUUGAGCUAACCAAGGAGGAUGCUACAAACUUGAUUGGACUUCUUUCUGCAUCAGUUAGGAAAGCUGUUCUUAUUGACAAUCAAAAGCAAUGUAACAAUAAAGCUCAAAAGGAAAUAUUUGAGAACAACAGACGGGAUAUGACAAUUGCCAUGAUGAAGAAGUACCCAUCUUUUCUACUUAAAUUCUUGGCAGACAAGGAAAGAGUACUAUCGCUGCUUGAAAUCAUUGUGCAUAUGAGCCUUAAGUUUUAUUCUCUAAAGACACAGGAGGAGAAUUUCAAAGUUGUUGUGCAGCUCAUUAUAGAUGCAUUCUUUAAACAUGGUGAGAAGGAUGCACUGAGAUCAAGUCUGAAAGCUUUCCAGUUUUGUUGCACUGAAAGUCCAGGGGAGCUGCAAGAUUUUUCCCACAACAAAUUGAAGGAUCUUGAAGAUGAACUUACUAUUAAGCUUAAAUCUGCAAUGAAGGAAGUAAUGGAUGGUGAGGAUGAGUACCUUCUCGUAAAUUUGAAAAGGUUCUAUGAGCUUCAAUUGUCUAGGCCUCUGUUGAAUGAGAGCUUAUAUGAAGAUAUAAUCACAGGUCUUCAUAGCUUCAGAAACCUUGAUGAUGAGGUCACCAGUUUUCUGCUUCUGAAUAUUUACUUGCGAAUAGCAUGGUCCCUGAAUCUGAAUGCAAUUAAAAAUAGUGAAACUGUCACUGAGGCAUCCUUACCUUCUCAUCUAUCAAAACGUGAGACCUUGUUUGAGGAACUUGAAUACUUUCUCAACACCUAUCCUAAAGUUGGGGAAGACAAUAAAUCUGCAACUGUACUAGCUUGUAAAGUAAGCCUUUUUUGCUACUUGUGGUUUAUGUUUAGAAAGAGAGAAUUCUCUUCAACAAAGCUUGAAAUUUUAGGAUUUUGUCUGAGUACCCCUGUUCCUGAAAAGUUUUGGGGACUCUGUGAGCAGUUGUUCAAUAUUUCAAAUGAGACAGAAGAUGGAGAUGUGGAUAAAGAGUAUGUAGAGGAGACGAGAGAUGCUGCCAUGAUUGCUGCUGCAAAGUUGAUUGCUACAGAUACAGUCCCAAGGUCAUUUCUUUCUCCCAACGUUAUUUCUCAUUUUGUGAUGCAUGGAAGUAGCAUGGCGGAGAUCGUUAACAAUUUAAUCACAGUUCUGAAGAAAACCGACGAUGAUAUCUCUAGCAUCUUUCUAGAAGCAUUGAAAAGGGCCUACCAGCAUUUUAUGGAACUCUCCAAAAUUGACAAUGAAUCCUUAAGAUGCAAGUCUUUUCAAGAUUGCGAAGGCCUGGCUGUGCAGCCUGCUGGAACAUUUGAGGGUGCUGCUCACAACAAGCACAGAUCAGAUAUCUUAAAGACUGUGAAGGAAGGGAUUGAGUAUGCCUUUGAAGAUGCUUCAAAACAGUUGUCUUCUCUGGAGCCCGCUGUGUGUAAUUUUGUUUCGGAACUUCCUAUAUCUGAUGGUCUGGACAUAUGUCCAGAAACGGAUGGAGAAUGUCCAUACAGAUGAAGAUCCCGAUAGGUGGCACCCCUAUUAGACAUUUUACAAUGCCUUGACAGUGAGCAAAGAAUGAAGGUUUUCAAGGGACUUUACAGACCUUUGGUGGAAACAAGGGAUGAUGGCUACUCUAAAAUCUUGUCAUCCAAUCUGUCCUCAUGGUGAAGCAGUACCCUUGAAGACACCACAGACCAAUGUAAACCUUUGAGAGGAGAUUCCCUUGCUGCAUAAUCUACAGGGUAUAAAUAUGCUUUUUAUGACUUCUUAUAAUGUACUUUUUAUUAUCUCUGCUCAGAAUAAGUAAUGUGUUUUCUUGCACGUGGUGGAUUCUUUUCCUGCUAUGAGCCUUCUCUUGGUGAACUCGCAAGAUAUUUAGUUAUUUAUUUGUUGAGACGGGUUGAUA